AAAGAGCGUCAAAGAGCUUCUCAGUGGGCCAGACGGGGAGAGACUGAAAGCAUCCAGUCAGCUCUCUGAAGCUGCUCGAGAGUCUGAGGCACUGUUACGGGGACUAGACGACAAACUUCGCCUAAAACCAGCGCGCCAGGCAAUGCGUCGACUCGGGGUCCGUGCUCUCAAGUGGCCAUUCGAAAGCAAGGAGGCACAGGAAAUAAUUUAGGAUAUCGUGCGAUGUACGCAGAUAAUGACCCUAGCUCUACAGGUGGAUCAGACUGCUCUUCUCCUCGACGUGGAUCAGAAGAUGGUUCUCGCUCGCCUCGAGAACCACGUUGCCACGGGAGCUGCCUUCGACUCUCGGGAAGAAGAGCACAACUCAAAGUGUCUCCCUAAUACUCGAGUCGAGCUUCUCCAACAGAUAUCAGAAUGGGCUGAUGAUUCGAGCGCUGAAGCAGUCUUUUGGCUCAACGGCAUGGCGGGAACCGGCAAGUCUACCAUAUCGCGGACUGUUGCUCGGUCUCUGGCAAAGGAGAACCGCCUCGGCGCUAGCUUCUUCUUCAAAAGCGGUGAGGCUGAUCGGGGGAACAUGGCAAAGUUCUUCCCAACGAUUGCUGCCGACCUCGUAAGGGGCGAACCGGCCAUCGCUCAUCACCUUAAGGGCGUCAUUGAACGUGAACCUGCAAUCUUCCGAAAGGCAAUGCGAGAGCAGUUCGAUAAGCUUUUCCUAGGGCCGCUAUCAAUCACGCGAAGAAAUCAGUCCCUGGUGGUUGUUGUCGAUGCAUUGGAUGAGUGUGAGCAAGAGAUCGAUGUCAAACUCAUGAUCCGUCUUUUCUCCCAAGCCAGUUCCCUCCAGUCGGUACAGGUCAAGGUCUUUCUAACUAGUCGGCCAGAACUGCCGAUUCGUCUUGGGUUCAAGGCUGUUGAGGGCAAGUACCAGGACCUGACACUCCAUGAAAUACCAAGUACCGUGGUGGAACAUGAUAUAUCUAUGUUUCUACGGCACGAGCUGGCAAGUAUACGAGGCGAAUACAACGCGUCCGUUCAGGAACACCGACGGCUGGCCGUCUACUGGCCCGGUCAGUCUAAUAUUCAAUCUCUUAUUCAGAUGACCAGUCCGCUUUUCAUUUUUGCAGCCACGGUAUGUCGCUUCGUCAAUGAUAGGCGAUGUGGAAAUCCCGACGAGCAGCUAAACGAGGUACUCCUCUUCCGCACGAAAAGCCAGGCUUCACAGUUGGACGCAACAUACAUGCCCGUGCUCAACAAGCUGAUUGAGGGCGUACCUUCGAAGCAACGUGACCAGAUUCUCCAAAAUUUCCGAGAUAUCAUCGGCUCUAUCAUCAUCCUCGCCAAACCAUUGUCAACAGCCGCCCUAGGGCAGAUCCUGCGUAUCCCUGAGAGUACCAUCGACGAUAGGCUGGACUUGCUACAUUCUGUCUUAAGCAUCCCGUCGUCCUCGGGUGCGCCUGUGAGACUUCUCCAUCUGUCGUUUCGUGAUUUCCUGUUGGACCCCGAGAAGCGGGAUAAGAGCCCAUUCUGGGUAGACGAGAAGCUGGCCCAUGAUGCAAUGGCGGCUAAUUGUCUACGUGUGAUGGACUGUCUGAAGCAAGAUAUCUGCCAGUUAGAGGCGCCGGGGACUGAUCGAUCGGACAUUGAUCCUCUGACGGUAGAUAAAUAUCUUCCAUCGGAGCUUCAAUACGCUUGUCUGUAUUGGGUCUAUCACGUUCAAGGCGCAAGCAAUCACCAGAGUGACUGCGAACGAGUCUACGCCUUCCUGAAGCAACAUUUUAUCCACUGGCUGGAAGCUUUAAGCCUCCUUGGAAAGGCUUGGGAGAGCGUCCAUAUUGUCAAAGACUUGCAGGCUCUGUACAAGAAUCAUGGUCACAAGCAACUCUCUGAAUUUCUCGACGACGCCGAGCGCUUCAUCCUUGCAAACUCUGCAAUUAUCGACUCUAAUCCACUUCAGAUAUAUUCUUCGCUCCUCAUGUUCACCCCGAGGAACACACAUAUAUACACCACGUUCAAGAGCGAGAUCCCACCAUGGAUAUCGUUACUGCCGCAGGUCGAAAAUGAAUGGGACUCAUGCAUUUUGACGCUUCAGGGCCACAAGGACCGUGUUACCUCAGUUGCAUUUUCGCAUGAUUCAGCACUAGUGGCUUCAGGCUCUCGCGAUAAGUACAUACGGAUCUGGCGCUCGGACACGGGCGAGUGCAUUCAAACGUCGAAGUGUCACGAGUCUGGAAUUAUCUCCGUUAACUUCUUGCAUGAUUCGGCGGUGGUCAGGUAUGUCUGCGAUGACUUUACCGUGCAUUCCUGGCGACUUGACACAGGCGACUACUCCCUGAUGUUCAAGAGCCCAUGUCACCGUCAGUCCGUGCGGCCGCUCGCCUUUUCGCAUGACUCAACGCUUGUGGCUUUAAAAUAUUACCAUGAGGCAAUCCUGCUUUGGAAAGCCGAUGCAGGCGGGGUCAUUCAGAUACUUGAAUGCCCUGGUGUUUCCGUCACAUCUGCUGCCUUCUCACAAGACUCGGCGCUUCUGGCCUCAGCCUGCAGCGAUGAUACGAUGCGGAUCUGGCGCGUUGAUACGGGCGAGUGCGUGCAUAGACUGGACAUCCUCGCUGGGUGUGUCUUAUCGGUUACGUUCUCACCUGACUCUACGCUUGUAGCUUCAAGCUCUAUUAAUGAUCAUACGUUGCGGAUCUGGCGCGCUGAUACAGGCGAGUGUGUCCAAACAAUGAGCAAUUUCAUAAUGCAUCAUACAUCAGAAGUUGCUUUCUCAGAGGACGGCGCGCUCAUAACUUCGAACACUAUGGAAAAUGAUGUGCUGAUCUGGCAGAUUGAUACUGGUGAGUGCGUGCAGAUACUCAGGGGCCACAUGGGCAUCGUCGAAUCAGUCACUAUGUCGCGCGAUUCGAAGCUUGUAGCUACAGGCUCAUGGGAUCGCACGAUCCGGAUAUGGCGCGCCGAUACGAUUACGGAGAGCCAGACUAUUGAGGGCGAGGGUUUCGAGAUCAGCCGGCUAGCUUUCUCGUCUGAUUCGACACUCAUUGCUUCCACCUCCAUGAGCAGGACACGAGUCUGUCGUGCCGAGACGGGCGGGCACAUCCAAACACUCGAUGGUGAUUUCUGCUGCUUCGCACAAGACUCAACGCUCGUGGCUACAGAUCUAGGCGACAUGGGAAUGGGAAUUUGGCGUAUUGAUACGGGCGAAUGCGUCCAGAAACUAGCAGACACCUGCAGAGAAUCGUACCCAUCUUACCGAGUCGCCGCGUUCUCGCCCGAUUCGGCACUCGUAGCCUCGGCCUAUGGAGAGAAGAUCGCGGAAUCUGGCGUGUCGAUUCGGGCGAACUCGUUCAAAAACUACUAAAGGGUUCCGAUGAGUUCUGGAGGCUCCAAUCACUUACGUUCUCUCAC